GAAAGAAGAGUCACAUAUCUUCAAAGAGAGGUGCUGUGGGACUGAACCAAGACAUGAGGACUCCAAGCUUGCUGGGGAUUGCACUCCUCUGCCUGUCUGCCAUGCCUGCUGCAAUGGAUGAUGACAAUGUGGAUGUAGAUCUCCACUUCCCAAAGCGGUGUGGUGGUCAACGCUACUGGCAAAAAGUGGGCCGCUACUGUGCAAAGUAUUUCAACACACCAAGCUCCUUCGCCGAUGCCGAGUCUGCUUGCAGGCAGGCAGCUUCAGGGGGUCACCUGGUCUCCGUGCACGAUGAACAAACAAAUGCGGAUGUCUUGGCCAUCGUGUUGGAAUACAACCCCUCCUCACCAAGGAUCUGGUUGGGUGGUCAAAGGUUUGGUCAGUCGAAUACAUUCAUCUGGACAGAUGGUUCUCCUUGGGAUUUUGAGAAAUGGGUUCCAGAUCAACCAGAUAAUGCCGGAAAUCAUGAGAACUGUGUGGAGAUGAACUGGAAAGACUUGGGGGAAUGGAAUGAUGAUUGGUGCAUCAAACAGAAACCUUUCAUCUGCGCCUUCCAGUGGCAGCAUGAGCGGGGAGACUGAAGAAUGAUGGAAACA